CUCCCUCCUCCAUUCACGCACAGGUCCCUCCCUCUUGCCAACUUGAGGCAGCCGCCGGAGCGCGGCGCAGUCUUUCUCCCAGCGCCCUAGCGCAGCGCGCGCGCGCGGCGGCCGCUGCUGCUGCUGCUGCGAAAGGUUAGCCAAGCGAGCGCCUGAAGCGCGCAAAAGGAGGAGGAGGAGGAGGGGAAGGAAGGGUAAGAGAGAGAGAGAGAUGCUUUUUACCCCUUAUCUGGAGGGCUGAAGAGAGAGAGAGAGAGAGAGCGCUGGCUUUCUGAACCCAGGAGAAAAGCGAAGAAGCGUGGCCUCCGCCAAAACCAGCGCCGCUGUUUGGAGAGGCUCGGCUCUGGGAGUCGCUUCCGACGCGUGGAAGAGUCGCCGCAACCCUGCAGCCCCAUAACUAAGGGACGAGGCGCCUGGACCCGCGGUAGAGGCAGCCCAGCCCGAGGCGCGGAGAAGAGGCGCCUUGAUUCGGCGUUCCCCGCGGAUUGCGCGCAAGAGGUGACCCGGAGAAGCGUGGUCGCCAGCAGCCCCAGCCAUCCCUCUCGCCUGCCCUGGCCCCCUCGCCGGCCGCCUCCAUGUUCCAGCUGCCCAUCCUCAACUUCAGUCCUCAGCAAGUGGCCGGGGUGUGCGAGACCCUGGAGGAGAGCGGCGACGUGGAGCGCCUGGGGCGCUUCCUGUGGUCGUUGCCGGUGGCGCCGGCGGCUUGCGAGGCUCUCAACCGCAACGAGUCGGUGCUGCGCGCGCGCGCCAUCGUGGCCUUCCACGCCGGCAACUACCGCGAGCUGUACCACAUCCUGGAGAACCACAAGUUCCCCAAGGAGUCGCACGCCAAGCUGCAGGCGCUGUGGCUCGAGGCGCACUACCAGGAGGCCGAGAAGCUGCGCGGCCGCCCGCUGGGGCCGGUGGACAAGUACCGCGUGCGCAAGAAGUUCCCGCUGCCGCGCACCAUCUGGGACGGCGAGCAGAAGACGCACUGCUUCAAGGAGCGCACGCGGCACCUGCUGCGAGAGUGGUACCUGCAGGACCCUUACCCAAACCCCAGCAAAAAGCGAGAGCUGGCCCAAGCCACCGGACUCACCCCCACGCAGGUGGGCAACUGGUUCAAAAACCGCAGGCAAAGGGACAGGGCCGCCGCCGCCAAGAACAGGCUCCAGCAGCAGGUCUUGUCGUCGCAAGGCGCAGGGCGGUCGCUGCCGUCGGAGGAGGAGAGCGCCGGAGAGCCCCUCCUGGGCGCAGCCGCCAGCCCCGCCGCCAGCCUGUCCAGCAAAGCCGCCGCCUCCUCGGCCAUCUCCAUCACUUCCAGCGACAGCGAAUGUGAUCUGUGAGAAGGAAGAAGAGGAGGAAAGCAGGAGGAGGAAGGACUGACGGACGGACGGGGCGGCCGGGCGCGCGGGAGAGCCGAGGGCGCAGCAGCAGCGGUGGCACAGCCGCCUCCAGCCAAGCACUCCUCGCCAGCCAGUGCCUGUCUGCCUGCCUUGCCCGCCUUCACGGCUUCCUGCGCCGCUUUGCCUUGUCCGCAAUCCCGGGCCCGACGGCUGGUGGCGGGCCUGCGGAGCAGCCGGAGUCUCCAAGGACAGUCCAGCCCGUCUGAAAAGCAGGACGCGAAAACGCUCGGAGAGACUCCGCUGACGCUUGUCCUCCCAGCGGCAUCUUCGUCGCCUUCCAUCCUUCAGCCAGGAUCUGCUGUAAAGAUGCCUCAAAAGUCACACACGCGCGCAGAGGGAGAAAGAGAGACGCCAAACCCUAGAGGGAGGAGGAUAGAAAUUGCAGCUCCGUCGCCUGCCGCAAAUCCUAAUUCCUCCCUCUGGGGAUUUCCAGUUGAAAAGUUGCUGGUGGUUGUUUUUCGGAGGUUGUUUGUUUGGUUUGGUUUGUUAGUUCGCUUUUAUUUUUAAAAGGUUUUUUUUAUACAUAUACAUAUAUAUAAAUAUAAAUAUAAAUAUUCUAUAUAAUGUUUAUUGACUUAUUUAAAGAAUUGCUCUGUGGGUAGAUUGUUUUAUUUGAUUAUCAUAAUUGCUAUUAUUAAUUAUUAUUAAUAUUAUUAUUAUAAUUAUUGUUUGAGGCUUGAUGCCUGCGUGCGCUGGGGAUUUAAUUUCCUGGAGUAUGUGCAGCAGGACUAGGGAUUGUAGGGGGAGGGGGCAGCCAAAUCACAACAAACAGACCAAGAAACGAACAAUUCCAGUGUAAUAAAAUAAUAGGUGAGCGAAACUGA